AUGGCAGUGGAUGAACCGUCAACUCCGGCGUGUAAUUUGACGGCUUUGGAUUCACUGAGUCAAGACUCAAUCAUCGAAAUUGUACAGAGUUGGGAUGGAUACUGCUCAGCUGCGGAAGCUCUACUCAAAGGCAGCGGCGAUUUUUCCGUUGGCUCGUCGGAGUUGAUUUCAAAAGUUCAGAUUCUUUGUAAACAUGGCCUUCAGUCACUAGUCCAGCAGCAUUUCCUUCGUAUGGUUGAGGAAAUCUUUGAGAGUAAUGCAGUGGUAAGGUUUUGGAGGCAUUUUGAACCGUAUAGAAAUGUUGCAGCACUCGAAAUCAAUAAUGAACCUCAGAUGCAAAAAGAUGAGAUUCAGGAAGUAUUACGCAAAGCCUUGGAAGAAAUAUCAUCCGAUAAACAACAUCAGGAGAGGUGCUUGAGGGUGUUGACUAUGGCUGUACAUUCUGAUUCAGGAAAUAAGCGUGAUGUAAACACCCAGAAGGAGCCUUUUUUUGAUAAUUAUAAAUUGAUGGUGUCUUCUGUUCUGAUGACAAGCCUUCCGAGGCACUUUCCUGAGGUGUUGCACUGGUAUUUCAAGGAACGGCUUGAGGAACUGAGUACAAUAAUAGAGGGAGGUGAGGACAAUGAAGCAAAAUUUGAUGAUGUCAUGGAUGUGGAUGGGAUAGGUAAACUAGCUUGCCGAAGUGGUGAUAUGGAUGUUGAUGGAGGACACCGAAUCAAAAGGAUUUCUGAGAACAACAAGUUAGUGAAGAACAUUGGAACUGUGGUUUACAAUCUUCGAAGUAUUGGCUUGACUUCCAUGGCAGAAGAUGCCUAUGCUUCUGCAAUUUUCUUGCUUUUGAAGGCUAAGGUGCAAGACUUUGCUGGAGAUGAUUUUCGGAAUUCUGUUUUGGAGUCCAUUAAAGGGUGGAUACAGGCUGUACCCCUCCAGUUCUUGCAUGCACUCUUGGCUUACCUUGGUGAUUCUACUGACUAUGCAAGCCCUUCAUCUGGUCUAAAAUCUCCAUUAGCAUCACAGCCCUCAUCAUGCUUCUUUGGGGCUGAAGCUCCUUCUGAGGAACUUGUUAGAUGGCAAUUGCGGUUGGAGUAUUUCGCAUAUGAAACCUUGCAAGAUUUAAGGAUAGCCAAGUUAUUUGAGAUAAUUGUGGAUUACCCAGACAGUGGUCCUGCUAUUGAAGACCUGAAACUGUGUCUUGAGUACACAGGGCAACAUGCAAAACUGGUUGAUUCAUUUAUCUCUUCCCUGCGCUAUCGGUUACUUACAGCUGGGGCCUCCACUAAUGAUAUUCUACACCAAUAUGUUUCAACCAUCAAAGCUCUUCGAACCAUAGAUCCAGCGGGUGUUUUUCUUGAAGCUGUUGGUGAGCCAAUAAGGGAGUACCUGAAGGGCAGGAAAGAUACCAUUAAGUGCAUUGUUACAAUGCUCACUGAUGGGACUAGUGGGGGUAAUAAUAUGUCAGGGAGCACCGGGGAUAGCCUUCUUGAAGAGUUAAACAGAGAUGAAGAGAAUCAAGAGAAUACAAGUGUAGAUGACAAUUUCAACACUGAUGACAAGCAAGCCUGGAUCAAUGCACAGCGUUGGGAGCCUGAUCCAGUAGAGGCUGAUACUCUAAAGGGAAGCCGGAAUAGAAGGAAGGUUGACAUACUUGGCAUGAUUGUUAGUAUCAUCGGUUCCAAGGAUCAGCUGAUAAAUGAAUAUCGUGUUAUGUUGGCAGAGAAGCUUCUCAACAAAUGUGAUUAUGAAAUUGACUCUGAAAUUCGUACUUUGGAACUCUUGAAGAUACAUUUUGGAGAGAGUAGCAUGCAGCGUUGUGAAAUCAUGCUCAACGAUCUUAUCGAUUCCAAAAGGACUAACACAAAUAUUAAAGCUACCAUCAAACAGCAAUCACAACCUGUGCUUGAGGAGCAUGAGUUAUCUAUGGAUAUUCUCAGUUCUACCAUCAUAUCUUCAAAUUUCUGGCCACCUAUCCAGGAUGAAACUCUUAAUUUACCUGCUCCAGUGGACAAGCUUUUAGAUGACUAUUCUGAAAGAUUUCAUCAAAUAAAGACUCCUCGUAAAUUACUUUGGAAGAAAAAUCUUGGUACCGUGAAGUUGGAGUUGCAAUUUGAAGACAAAGAGAUACAAUUUACUGUUACCCCUCUACAGGCUUCAAUUAUUUUGCAGUUUCAAGAUGAAAAAAGUUGGAGCUCCAAGGAUCUAGCUGCUGCAGUUGGGGUACCCGUGGAUGUAUUGAAUAGGAGAAUUGGUUUUUGGAUCAGCAAGGGAGUUCUUUCAGAAUCAGCUGAUGCCGAUGCUAAUAAGCAUAUCUUUUCCCUGGUGGAGGGUGUAAAUGACAAUGGUAAAACUGCUUCUAACAGUGGAAUUCGUGAGGAGCUCAUGGUUGGUGAUGACGAAGGGGAGAGAGCUGUUGCUUCUGUUGAGGAUCAGCUUCGCAAAGAGAUGACUGUAUAUGAGAAAUUCAUAAUGGGGAUGCUCACUAAUUUCGGCAGCAUGGCUUUGGACCGUAUCCAUAAUACUCUAAAGAUGUUUUGUGUGGGUGAUCCUGCAUAUGACAAAUCACUGCAGCAGCUACAGAGCUUCUUAUCAGGAUUAGUUGCAGAAGAGAAGUUAGAACUUAGGGAUGGAAUGUAUGUCCUCCGAAAAUGA